AUGAACCCAGUUGCCGGGAUCCUGCUCUGCGCCCUGCUGGGGGCUGCCUUCGGUAAGGAAGCAGCCAAGGCGUCUGUCACACACGCCCGUCGCCCUCUGCCCGCCGGCCCCCCUGAGAGCCCAGGUCCAGCAGCCUUUUUUCUCUUGCUAGGAAAUCGCAUGCGGUGCUACGACUGUGGCGGCGGAGGCCCCCGCGGCUCCUGCCAGGAGACCGUGACCACGUGCCGGGAGGGCGAACGCUGCGGCUUCCUGGAGCGCAAACCCCAACCCCAGCUGGGACAGACCAAGCUAUCUGGAAACCCCUCAGUGACCUUGAUUCAUCACCAUCCAACCUGCGUGGCAGCCCAACAUUGCAACAAAGUGCAGACAGAGUUGGUGGGAGAUGUGACUUACACGACCCACAGGGACUGCUGCGUCGGGGACCUGUGCAACAGUGCUGUGGCGAGCACCUCGGCCCCCAUGUGCAUCGUGGCUGCUGCAGCCACCGCCCUGGCCUGGUUCUUGCCAGGACUGUGGAGAGGGUAGUGGGAGCAGGGGAAGGGAAAGGAGCAAGGGAACGAAGGAGAUCUGAGUUGGGAAGAUGGACCCUCCUCUGUGAGCCAUUAAAAUCUAUGGACCACUCCAGAGCUAACUGGAGAAAUCCA